CGUAUAAAAAUGUUUUAUAUAUAUAACCAGUAUGAUUUCUCUUCUACUUUUUUGUGAACCACGUAAGAAAUUAUAAUCAUGGUAAUAUUACGGUUUCCCAUACUUUUGUUUACAAAUUCCUUAAUUAAAUUUUUUUGUCAAAAACUUUAAUGAGACGUACGGCACCCUCGACAUACUUUUCGUAUUAUACUAUAACGUAACUGUAUUGUGAGCAGACAUAAACGUGCGAAGCAGAGAGGUCAAUCAACCAAUCAAUAUAGUUCCAAUACAGCCAGUUCAGAGAAUACAGCUUUUUGUGCAAGCACACAAUCCUUGGACAGUAUAUCGUGCGAACGAUCGUCUUUCACGGAAUCUUAUGACUUGACGUGGCGAUCUUGAAAAACACUCGCCGUUCACAACCAAGCAUUAGUAAUGAACUUUGAUCGUGGGAUUGAAUAAUCUGAAGCUGCAAAACACGUUCAUUAGAGUUAUUAUUUUUAUUUAACCCCAACCUUUCGUAUUGAUUAAUAUUCUCUAAAAUUUAUUGCAUUCAUAUUUGUAUUAUUUUUCUGAGUCAAAUAAAUCUUGUUUUUUGAGAGUACAAUAUUAAAAAUAUCUUACUCUAAGCAAUACUACGUUAACAAUGAUAGUAUAGAAUGUGCUUUGACUUUUGGAUAUUAUUAAUUUCUUAAAAUGUCUAAGAUUAAAUAACAGAUUUAUUAAUUCGACUUGAUGACGACAAAUAUAAAUCAUCGUCCUGACAAUUCGACCAUGGAUUUUGGUGUAUAUAUAUAUAUAUACAUAUAUCUUCAAACGUACAUCAAUUUUAGAAGGAUCUAAACCUAUGAUCGAAAUGUUUUGGCGAUUAAUCUAACCAAAACCAAAUAGUCGAAUUGUCAGGACGAUGAUUUAUAUUCGUCGCCAGUUAAGUCGACUUAAUGAAUCUGUAGUUAAUCAUCACCGGCACUAGCAAUAUACUAUCUAUCUUUGUUAUCUAAGAUGAAAUUCUUUAUAUACAAGCACCGUUUUAUUUCCUGAUUUGCAUACAAUGAACCUUAAAAUUCCGACUGUCAAUCGUGCUAUUACUUAAUUUUUCGUUACGAUAUAAAAAACUUUUGCCAUUUUCGUUAGAAAGUCAAUCAAGACACGUCUAUUAUACGUGUAAAAUUACAAGAAUUACGUUCGUGAUAUUAAAGUAUCACGAUUUUGUGCGAUAUCGAAUUUUUAUGCUGAUUUUUAGACAAUGUUCACGUUCUGGCGUGUUAUAAACAUCUCGAGCUUGUUAAAGAAGUUGGAUUUUCUUUCACUGCGACUAUGCCAGUCUCUUGCUACAGCGUGGGCGUAGAGGCCCGGUUUUACGUGAUUUCGUAAUGACGAUGGCAAACAGAUUUCCAGUAUCAAAAGGCAUUUCGUGAGGAUCCUGAAGACCUUCGGGGGCCCCUACCAUUCUACCUAUCUACCUACCUACUCUCUCUUUCUCGUCCGCUUCUGCUUGAUCUUCUUUCAGAUUCUCAUGCAUACGAAAACAGCACAUGCGAGGAUCAUUUGGUACUACUUUUCAUACUUUUCGCGGAUACAUUAAUAAUUAGAUGGAAAGACGUGUGUCAUUUCAUGUAAGUGGAAAAUACAAGGAUUUUUAUUUUACAAAAAGUAUUUUCUUAUUAGCCGAAUUGAAAAGUUAAGAACCUGUUAAUCAUCUCCUCUGAUUAAUCAAGUUCGUUGACGUUUUUAGUUUUUAGAAUAUUUGUCAGAGUUUUUGAUAUGCCAAAAUUCAAGAUUUUCAAAAUGUGUUAGAAAAAACGUCGCUGUUUGGCAUUUUAAGGGGUUUCUCUUUUUCCGUUGUUGUUCUCAUUUUCGCUGUUGUCAAUCGUGACGAUACCUGCUCCAGCUCCGGUGGAGAGCCGGUACGGAGAGCGCGACUAUGGCAAGUGGGCGUAAGGGCCGGGAGAGAGAACGUCGUCCCGUGUUCCAUACAUGGCUAUGCUAUGUGGAAACCAAGAGACAGAGAGGCGGACGGACCGACAUGGACCGGGGGAGUCCCCACCGUGUGGACGGUGGAGGCGACGUUUUCUCGUCUCUCGAAACGGUUCCCGAGCAUGCUCCUGACGCACCGUGCCUCGCAGCACGCAUAUCGUACAAUCAUUCGUACGAUCAUCCUAGUAUUAUUGUUCGAGCAUUCGUGUCACCGCACGCUUCCUUCGAAGAUGCGAUGCCCGUUGAUCCACGUGAUUCGAUGAGAGUUCACGUCCGAUGACGUACGUGUGAAUAUAUGUGACAGUGUAUAUCCUGGUGAACGGCGUUCAACGAUCAUCCGUGGAUGUUGAGAUCGUCACGUUGUGCUAUUAGCGGAGAUUCCUAGCGGAAAGAACUCGCGACACGUAUGCGACAAUAUCGCGAGGGAUAAAGUACCAAAGAGUACGCAGGGUCGAGCUUUUAACCAUCGCAAUAUCAUCAAACGUGACAGGACAUAAGAACGAUCCACGCAGACGUUCGAAGAAGGGAUAUGAUACCAGGAAACGUCCGACGUCUCGAGGAUUGAUUCUUCAUUGAUAUAGUAGAGCGUGCACGAUGCACUCGCAAACACUUGACCGGCGUGGGUGCUACUGGGUUCCUCCUUCGCUUUGAGACCGAGGUCAGGUGUGUGGGAGGGUGCAAGGGUUGGCAACACGCUCGAGACUGGCACAUUAUACAUUAGAGAAUGCCGAAAUUAUUUCGGGACCUACUCGUGUUAACAUUGAUAAUGACAGCGUCAUGUCUCGACGCGACAGAGGACACGGUCACAACAACGACAAUGGAAAUCUCUACAUUGAUAGCAGCAUCGACGUACAUUGAUAGUACAUCCAUGAAAACGACGAUCCCCAAGGAAAACGCCGUGUCGCCGUUGGCGACUAUGGCAACACAAGACGAUGGCAUCUCGAAAAAUCUGUCCCACGCAUUACCGUCGUCAUCGCCGUCGCCGUUGCCGUUGCCGUCGCCGUCGCCGUCACCGUCGCCGUCGCCGUCGCCGUCACCGUCGCCGUCGCCGUCGCCGUCUUUUUCCAACACUGUGUGGGAAUGUCCGAAUAUCACAAAAGCGGGCGUGGAGUGUUCUUGCGAUUUUCCACAUACGCUCAGAUGUACCGGCGAUAGAACAGCACUGGAGAUCAUCAGUGACCAUUUGAAACAUAGUCAGCCGGAUACAAUAUCAUUGCUGGAUGUGACUGUGACGGGAAUCUCUGUGUUGCCGGCACAUUUCCUCGAGGAUGUCGCACUUCACGGAUUAGUCGUCUCCACUGGCGAGCUGCGGCACGUUCAUGAGCAUGCGUUUACCGCGCUGGCGCGACCGUUACAAGCGCUAGGACUGCCCAGCAAUCUCCUAGAUUCGGUUCCCACGAUCGCAUUGUCAUACCUGGUCGGUCUAGACCGAUUGGACCUGUCUCACAACAAAUUAAAGACAUUAGAAGCGGACUCGUUUAAGGGACUAUCAAAUCUGACUUAUCUAGACUUGUGUGACAAUCUGCUAUCACAAUUGUCGCCGCAGGUUUUCCUGACAUUACCGGCAUUGCGCUCGCUAAGAAUGCGUGGAAAUCGUCUGAGCGUUUCCGCCUUGUCUGCAUUGAGAGGUUUGAAGCGCUUGGAAGAGCUAGAUCUGUCAAACAAUCUACUGCUGGGUCCAAUGGGCCCCACGUUAUUGCCACAAAUGCCCAAACUACAUUUCCUCACAGUCUCAGAAAACGGUCUCGUCAACGUUCAGCAGGGAGCUCUCAUGGGUCUCGGAAAUCUCACUUAUCUGAGUUUGAGUCACAAUCAAAUUGACGUGUUAGAGGAUCAUUCGUUCAAGUACCUGUCGACUUUGACGCGACUGGAUCUGGCCAACAACCGCAUCGUCGCCGUGUCCGGUGCUUCCUUAGCUCAUUUAGAGAACGUGAUUAGUUUAGAUCUAACGCACAACUUUCUGCGAGCGUUGACGCGCGAUCUGGUGGUGCCAUUGAAGAAUUUACAGGACCUACGAUUGGACGACAAUGACAUCACAAUCGUAGCAAACGAUGUGCUAACGUCCGAGCUGCACCUCAAGAGACUCUCCCUCGCUGACAAUCCGUUAAAUUGCGAUUGCACCUUGCUGGAGUUUGCUACGUGGCUGGCAAACUCCAGCCUGACGGAGGAGGACAAGUCAUCGGCGGUGUGCGCGACACCGCCCGUUCUGGAGAACGGCAUUCUAACGCAAGUACCGCCGGGCAGUCUGCUUUGCGGCGAGCCCACCCCGCCCAUGAUGACCCGGGUUGACGCAAGUGCGCCUGUAGCAGGUGCACAGCUAAGUCUCAAAGAGUUUCGCUACGACGACGCGACCGCCGGUAUCACGUUGUUGUGGCACGUGGAACAGUGCGCUGAACGUUACACUUGCGACUCGCUCAUCGUCUAUGAAACACGCGGCGACAGCGAGAUUCUAACGGAAUCUAGCCCGCUGCACUGUGACUCUCGAAUGAUGCGAGAUCCCUGCAUCCUGCCAGUCACCAUACCAGCUUCCCUGCAUCUACAAUUGAGUCACAAAUACCGUUAUUGUGUAGUUUUAUUGGUAUCUACUGUCUACGACGCGGUGUCCCUUGGUCUCGGUUGUAGCGACGUCAUCGUUUUAGAGAAGACCCAGCAGCGAGCAGGGACAGAAGAUUUCUCGUCUUCGUCUCCGACGUCCACGCAGAUAUCUCUUGAUUCAUCGUCACGGAUCACCGGCGUUCACGUAAACGUAUCUGACAAGAGCUACCUGCACAUUGGUGUAGUUCUCUCCGGAACGACAAAAGACACGACUUUGUCGUCGACGAGCUGCCAACUGUCCGUCAUCGUAUUUGACGAGGUUUCCACGGUGCAUCAACGGAGGCUUACGUGUAGCGCCACAUCCGUCAUCGACGUGCAAGUAUCGUUGCCAGGUUAUUACAGGGUGUGCGCCAGUCUGGAUGACCUCACCAACGUUAUCGUUAUGUCCAGCAACUUGGUGGCGGACGACGAGAGGUUCCGUUGCGUUGACGUAGUCGAGCAGAGUUACAGCAGGCGGAACGUCGAGGUAUUCGUCAUUAUGGCCGUGAUCGCUGCAACCGGUGUUCUCCUCGUUAUCCUCGCUGUACUCGGGAGAACGCUCGCAAGGCGUUUGCGGCACCCGAGAAUACAGGCGCAAUGUUUCCUGCCGGCUCAGGAGUUUGAAAUUACCCAUAAAGCUCAUUACAUCAAACUCCUGGCAACGACAAAAGUUUAAUAAGAACGAUAUUGAUGACCGCGGUAUUGAAUAUAAUAUAUUGUUUGCAGAAUUAAAAAAUGGAGAUAUAGAAGCAAAACUCGCAAUUUUUUCUCCUUCUCCAACGAAAUAUUUCCAGUUAAGAUACGAGUAUCAUUAAUUUAUUCUUCAUGUUUUACACCCUGCGUGAGUUUUCAGACAAAAAGUAUGCAAGCAAAAACUAACUUCAGUUGAACAUGUAUUAGUUGAUUAAAUGUUUAUUUCACAUUUUUUAUUUUAUUUUACAUUUUUAUUUUA